GAGGUCUGUCUCCCCAAAAAAGGAAUUAAUUAAUUUUUGCUUUGGACAGACAUUAUAUAUAUAGGUGUAAUGUGACAACAACCAAAAGGGGUGAGAACAGAGCUGCAAAAAAGCAGAGUUUCUGUAUGCUCAUUGAUGCUACAGUGUUAGAACUUUGGGUGUUAGAUAUAAUUCCCAUAGUAACAAUAAAGAAAAUACAGGGAGAUAGAAAGAAAAUGGGGAAUUGAAACAUUUCUGUAUUCGAGUCCUCCCUUCCAAGAUGAUGAAAAAAAGAAGGAACAAUGUUGUGCCAGAAAGGGCCACAGUCAUGUGUAGCCUAUUCGCUGCAUGAACUGUGCCUGGUGUGUUCCCAAGGAUAAGGCCAUUAAGAAGUUGAUCAUUCAAAACAUAGUAGAGGCUGCCAUUGUCAGGGACAUUUCCAAAGUAAGUAUCUUUGACUCUUACGUAUUUUCCAAGCUCUGUGUGAAGCUGCAUUACUGUGUGAGUUGUGCCAUUCACAGCAAGGUGGUCAGGAAUCAAUCUGGUGAAGCCCGGAAGGAUUGAACACUUCCACCUGAUUUAGACCUGCUGGUGCUGCCCCACAACCCCCACCAAAGCCCAUGUAAGGACCUGUUUUUUGUUUUGUUUUGUUUUGUUUUGUUUUUGGUGGUGGUGGG